AUGGGCAGUGGGAAUUAUCCGCCGAACGAGAAUCCAUCAAACGCAUUUGACAGCAAUGUCACAACAAAAUAUCUGAAUUUUGGCACAGACGAGGUUGAAUGGGGUCUGAAUACAGGUCUCUACCUCACACUGCAACGAGGUACAUCUAUAGCUAUGGGUCUGAGGUUUUCCACAGCCAACGAUUUCCCAAAUCGUGAUCCAUUAUUCGUAACGUUAGAAGGAAGUAAUCAGUCCAACGCAAGUCUCAAUCUCGGCUCUAGCUGGACUCUUAUCUACAGUGGCCCCAGUGGUUUAGCAACUGAUCCAGGCAGGUACAGCUGGGGUGAAAUACAAUGGUUUUCAAAUUCGAUACCUUAUGCGAGCUAUCGACUUCUAAUUACUCAAAAACGUGGCAGUGAAAAUUCUGUCCAAUAUUCUGGAUUUCAACUAUACGGCUACCCUCGACUCGUACCACAACUUCAUCUAAAAAUAAUUCAAAAUACAACAACUAAUGGAUUAGAAUCAUCUGUUCCAGUUACUUGUACUACUUCUAUUACAACAUCUUCGGUUAUAGUUGAAUAUGUCACUCAUAUAUUAAGUAAAUGUAAUGAUAACGAUAUAUUAAAUCCUAUUAUGGUUGGUUUGGGUCUAAUGACACAAACAGAAGAGUUUUACAAUUCUGAUUCAAUUCAAUCAAUAUUCACGGCCGUUCUGCCAUUGCUGGCAGAAUAUAUAAUUCAAAAUAGGAACAUUGAACAACACACAGACAAUAGUAAUCUGCAUUACGUGUAUUGGCUAUUGUGCAAGAUGACUGGUGUUAUGAUUGCUAGCCCACAACAAAAUUCAUUGGAAAUGGAACAUACCGAAAAAGCUUGUUAGCGCAGCUGCUCCUAUGGGACUAAAAUGUAAAACUCACAUAUCUUCUCCAGCUUCAUUAAACUAAUACAAAAUAUAUAAAAUCAGAAACCUCUCGUUCAAUAUAGUUAUUUUGUAGGAUAGUCGAAAAUCAAUGUAUUUUUCUCAUUUCUACAGACGUUCUAUUUUUAUCUUGUAUUGUUGCUAUUCGCUCACUAUUUUUCAUAACUAUAACUUGAUCAAUUUUGCAAAUAACGGUUUAGAAAAACUGACGUCUUUUAUUCUCGAUGGCUAAGGUCUGUAGUGCGGGUAGGGGUGACUGUAAUGGGAGCCUCCGUUGCUAACAAUGCAGGUGUUUGCCCUGUCCCCAAGAAAAAUGCAAUCUAUUAGCAUCAAAUGAAAGUCCUCAGUGCCAAACUAACAAGGUUAAAAUAUAGGCUGCCCUUGACUUGUCCUAAGGGAGAUAUUCAAUUUUUAUUGUAGUCAUUUUUGUGU